GCUCCUCUCAGGCCAGCGCUGCCAUGGAAAGAGGAGCCCACGCGUAGCGGACCUGCCGUCUUUGCAAAGAGGUCGUUAGGAAGGAGGGCCGUUCUGCAAUCUUUCUAUCAGCAUGAUCCAGAGGAAGGAAGGAGCAAUUGCCGAAGGGCCAACGAGCAACAGUUUGCUUUCAGAUUCGCUCUCGAGAGAUGUUUAACUGGCGGCGCCCGCCCCUCUUGCCACGUGAUUUCUAGGAAUAGGCAAGCGGCUAGCUCGCGUUGAGUUUCACUUUCUUCGGCUUUGUGCUGGCUCGUCGUUGCAGUUGCAGCAGCCUGUCUUCGGUGCGGCCAUGGCGGAGCUGCUGAGGGCGUCGUCCAUCUCUUCCCUGGCAGGCUUGGAAGAGGAGCUGACUUGCUCCAUCUGCCUGUGCGUCUUCGAGAGCCCGGUCACGACGCCGUGCGGCCACAACUUCUGCUUGCCAUGCCUGGAGAUGACUUGGGGGGACGGGGCAGCCAGCACCUUCAGCUGCCCCCAGUGCAGGAGCACCUUCGUCAGCCGGCCGGAGCUGAAGAAGAACACGGUGCUGUGCAAGGUGGUGGAGCAGCUGCAGGGCACCCAGGAGGUCUCCAAGGAGAAGGGCUGGGACGGAAGCAAACCCCCCAGAGUGGCCUGUGACAGUUGCUUGGAGGCGGAGGCGGCCAAGACCUGCCUCACCUGCAUGGCCUCCUUCUGCCAGGAGCACCUGAGGCCUCACCUGGACAGCCCAGCCUUCCAAGGCCACCAGUUAUCCCUGCCCAUGAAGGACUUGCAGCAGAGGAAAUGCCAGACCCACAACAAGCUCCUGGACUUCUACUGCAAGGAACACGCCGCCUGCAUCUGCUGCAUAUGCCUGGUCAAGCACAAGUUGUGCACCUGCGUCCCUAUGCAAGAGGCCAAGGGGGCCAAGGAGUCUCAGUUGAAGAACAGACUGACAGAACUCUAUGCUCUAAAUGAGAAAGCUUCACAGUCCUUGGAUCAAGUACGGGUGCAGCAGAAACAAAUCAGUGAGAUAGCUGCUCGCAAAAUGGAUUUGUUGAGGGCAGAGUUCCAGGAAAUGAUAGCAUUAAUUAAAGAAGAAGAAAAAGCAGCGAUGACCAACGUUGCAGCAGAAGAGAAAAGAGUUAAAGACAAGUUUGAGUAUGUCCAUACCAUCUUGGGCCGGAAGAAAAAGGAAAUCCAGGGGGAGAGAGACCAGAUUGAAAUGAUGUUGAUAGAAGAUGAUGACAUUACAUUUUUAAAGAAGGCAGCUAAACUGCGGCAGUCCUCUAUCAAAGAUGUAUUCAUUCCCAAGAUAGAUUUGGAUCAAAACUUGAUACAUACAAUUUAUCAAAAAGCAUUUGUCCUUAAAGAAACAGUAAAGCAGCUUGUGGCUCAGCCCCAGGAGAAGAAAACAGAAGGAAACGUACCCUGGAAACCUAAGCCGCUAAUGACAAUGGGGCAACCGGGAAAAAACGUUCCCCAACAACCAGCAAAAAAGAACGCUCUGUCAAAUGCUUCAAAAGAUGCUGCUAAGGAGUCAAAUGAGGAGGAUGCUGCAGAGACCAAGCAAAGAAGGCGACCUGCUAAACGCACACCAAGUCCUUCCCAGAGAGCACGAAGUUCCAGCAGGCCUCAAACUGGAACUCCAUCAGGAACUCUGGAAACCUUUUUAACUAAAUCAAGAGAGGAGCUCCUGGAAUUUGCUACAAAAUUCACUUUGGAUUACCAUACAGCGCAUAACAAGGUGAUUUUAUCAGAACAAAACACCAAAAUAUCCGUGUCCGACACCCCCCAGAUUUACCCCUUGCACCCUCAGCGCUUCAUGUAUUGCUCCCAAGUGCAAGGCUUCCAGUGUUUCAAGAGAGGGAUCCAUUACUGGGAAGUGGAACUGGAGCGCAACAACUUCUGUGGUGUUGGGAUCUGCUAUGGGACCAUGGCAAGGCAGGGGGCUGAAAGCCGCCUUGGGCGUAACAGCAGCUCGUGGUGCAUCGAAUGGUUCAAUGCCCGGAUUUCAGCUUGGCAUAAUGACAUCGAGAAGUGCCUGCCCAACACCAAAGUGAAGAAGAUUGGGGUCCUGCUGAAUUAUGAGGGUGGAUUUGUUAUUUUCUUUGGGGUGAGUGAGAAAAUCAGCAUCCUCUACAAAUUCCGAGCACAGUUUACUGAAGCUCUGUAUCCUGCAUUUUGGGUGUUCUCCAGCGGAACCACCAUCUCAGUCUGCCAGUUGAAAUGAGUGGCUGAACAUACCAGCAUGUGCUCAUUCUGUUCAUUAGCAUGCUGAACCCAUCUCCCUUUUAUAUUAGAAUCUAGGCUUGUGUAUCGCUUUCUUGCUGCAGUCAAAACAAAGUUAUUUGGUUUUGAAACUCCCGCUGUAUUUGCUGUCAGGAAAAUCCAGGGCUACUGAAAACUAAGAGCAUAAUCUGUCAAGAACACAGGCCUCACUGAAAUGUCCUUGUGGGAAAUGUCCCUUUCAUUGAUGCUUGCCUACAGAAUGCUUGAUGGAUUGUAGAUAUUGUGCACAUAGCAAGUUAUACUCUGGAGGAAAGCAGUGGGCCUGUUUGAGCAGAAGUUUUCUGUGCCUUCCUGAUCACUCCCUUAGGGCACAGUCAGGAAGCAGAAGGUGAGAUGUUUUCUGUGCAUACCAUUGCUGGCUGUGCAUCUCACAAUUCUUUGGACCAUCUUUGUUGGACAGGCAGACAAAAGAGGGGCAUAGAUGGACAUACACAGACAGAUCCUUCCAGAUUUUAUUUAGAAUCUGUUUUAAUUUUUUUCAGUGACCUAUAAAGGGCUUUUGUUUUCAUGGAUGAGAAUGGGGCUGGGGCACGGAGACAGCUGUGUUUGUCUGUUCUUGUAUCAAAUAUUGUUAAUCCUAGUCUUGAAGAACGGCAAGAUGGAAUUUUGGAAGUUUUGCUGGGUUGAGGCUAGGCACUCUUUAAAAAAACACCUUUUGUGUUCCAGGGCACCUUGCAACUUGCAGUGCUUUUACAAAGGAACUUACAAAAUGCUCUGAGAGCAUCUUCAUCUUAGUGCCCCUGGAGAUGUGGAGAAGUUCCUUUUGCAUCACAUAAACCCUCCCUUAGCUCAGUUCUUUUCUUCAGAGUUACGCAGGUCUAAAGAGCUAGGGGCUGUAGAAGGCACAACAUGUAGCAUGCAAUGGGCACAAGUUACAAGGAGGAUUUUUGUUGCAUUGUCAUGAUUUUAAAACCAGGCCUUCUACUAAAAGGGAGAGGUUUAUGUAAAAUGAACCACAUCUGUGGUUGAUUACUUGAGAAGAGGAAGUUGAUUUUCUCUUCUUAUUGUUUUGAGCUUUAUAUCUCCAAUAAUGUUCUGUAAUUUUGAAGGGGUGCUGGCAAAAGGCUGCAGACAUGCCUUCAUAGUGCAGAUCUUCUUCUCUCCACUGACAGUUGGUUCAGUCUCGCUUGUGUCAUAAGUUGUUUCUCAAGUGAGAUCUUUGGUAGCAUUUGGCUAUGGAACCAGAUGUUUAAAGAUCACUUGUAUGACUCCCAAGACCUUCAGAGCACUUUACAUAAGCCAGGCUUGCAGCAUGUUUUUGAAGGGUCCUUCUCACCUUCUGUUUUAUGCUGAAAAGGGAAGCAGUCUGGGAAGGAUUCAGUGACAUUGCAGGGCAUCAUGUUUUGAUUUGAGCAUGAUGUAGCCUGGAUCUGAUAGCUGUGCACCCUCAGAAUACUGAGGAUCACUUUGCAGCUGCUUUUUUUGUAAAGGGGAAACAAGCUAGGGAGACAUACGCAGACUUGUGUUGUCUGAAUCACAUAAGGAACUGGGAAGAAGUUUGACUCAAAUGUGUUGAUGUUCUCAAAAUGCAGAGCUUCAUACAUCAAAACACAUAAUGAUAAUGGCUUAAGUAAAAUAAAACUGGAGAGUGCUGGUAGCAGGAACAUGUAAGAGCCCUGAGACUUCUGGAGAAAGCUUAAGAUUAAGUAAAGAAGUACAGCAAACUGGUCUCUCUCUCAAAAAAAAGUGGGUGAAGAGAAUCAAGUUAAAGGGUUCUUCUGUUGAUCAAAUAAGUGGUCCAGCAUUAGGGUACUGUUAAGGAAGAAUUAUGCGUUAAAACUAGUAGUGACAUCUGGAGUAUGCCUUCAGUCAACUGUGUUUUUGCACUAAAUGGUUUCUUGAAAAUAUUCCUGAAACCCAAGACACAGAAGUCACAAAGAGGUUGGGAACUGUACUAUACAGUUUAUCCAGAUGUCACUGGGAAGACUCAUGUCUAAGCUUAUGAGAGCUACAAAAGAUGAGAGCCCAAGUCAGAACCAAGCAGAAUAUAAGGUAGAAAUGGGAAUCGGAAGUACUGACCUGAAGUGUGGCUGUUAGGGCAAAAAUCAACCUUUGAUCCACCAAGAGAACUGGUGGAGGGUUAAAUCUCUAUGUGAAAUAAUUUCUUCUCCAACACAGCACAUCACUCAGUAUUCAGGAGCUGUGAGGUUAUUUUCCCACAGUAAGCCUUGCUUAGUUGCUGUAGUUGAAGAAUUUUUCCUGUCAUCAUGGGGAAAGAUUUUUGUCUGUCUUACAGGCCUACUCCUUCCUCCAGCUCUGUCUUGUAUUCUAGACACUCUUCUGACAAAUUAUAACAAACUAGCCACACUUUUCUGCAGAUUAGAAGUAAUUCCCUUAUUGGAUACAAUGGAUAGUCAACUGUAGCCAAGUUUUGUGUAGCCUAGAAUAUACGACAGUACUUCAGUUAGUGUUUUGAGUGCUUUGGGGCUGUUUUUUGUUUGGUUUUGUACUGAAGUCUUCUAAAAUCCGUUAAUGGAUCUCUUAAUGACUUUGAAUUGAUGGUUGGGUUUCCUCAGGAAUCUUACUCCUUUUAGACAGAUCAAUGCCUUUUCUCUUAAUGGUUUUUUGUCUUCAGCUUGGUUUAAUGCUGAUCACCAGCCAGAGGUUGAUUUCAAUCCAGAGAGAUACUUAAGGGAUAGUAAUGGAUCCCUGCUUAAAGUUGGGCAUAUUUGUCCCAUUGGUUUUAGUGGAAGAGAGUCAAGUCAUGUGUUAAAUCCUCCUUUUGGCUGGAUAGGAACCCACUGUGAACUGUUUUCAGUCUAGGUUUUCAGUCUAGGCGAUAUUCUUCAGGAAGGCACAUCUAGUAGUCAUAUGUGCAUGUAGUAGUUAACUCCAUUAAGAUGAUCUUUCAUAGGGAUUGUGAAAAGUUUGGCAGAAAAUGUAGCUCUAGGCUAGGAGAUGAAAAAAUUGGGAGAAGGUUUCAGCAUGUGUGAAUGUGCGUAACAGAAAGAAGGGAGGAAGCUAAAAAAAUAAACAGUUGAAUUAAUGUUAACUGCUUCACUGUAUAAUCUUACAUUUUAUGUUAAAUCUAAACAACACUAAGUAGCACUUCUAGUUCAGAGGAGAUUUUGUUAGCUUGCUCAUCUGUGGUUUUGUGUUUAAAAAGCACCGUUUGAAAACAAAUAGCCACACACGAUUUCUUGUCAUUUGUCAACUAUAUGUGUAGUUCUGAUCGGUUUGUAAUCCAGAUGUUGUCAUUUGAAAUGUUCAGUUUUAUUCUUGUGAAGUUUCCAAAAUCUUUCAACUUGUUCUUAUUACAUCAUGCAUCUCAAUCUAGUGGAAAAUUCAAUAAAGUUUGAUUGUGACGAUCA